AUGUCCAAGUGGAGCAAAAAGCACCGACCACCUCCAGGCUUCGAGUACAUUCAGCCCGUCCUGGACGCGCUGGAGCGCGAGCUGCGGGAAAAGAUGAACGAGCCGCACGAAGGGAAGCGGCAGUGCGAGGCGCUGUGGCCAGUGCAUCAGAUCAACUGGCAACGCAGUCGCUAUGUCUACGACAUGUUUUACAAGUACCACAAGAUUUCUCGAAAAGUGUACGACUACUGCGUACAGUGCAAAUUCGUGGACGCGAAUUUGAUCGCCAAGUGGAAGAAAAGGGGCUACGAGCGGCUCUGCAGUACGUUUGCCAUCAAUCCCAAGAACUACAACUACGGGACAGUCAGUAUCUGUCGCGUCCCGAGGCAGCAGCUGUCCGAGGGACAGGUUGUCCAGGAAAAACACAGUGGCUGUCGCGGCUGUGCGUCUGGACCGGGAGGAUACUAUAACAUUUUUGGCAACAAGUACGGGCAGUACUUGGCUCGGAUUCAGCUAGCGAGGGAAGAGAGGGAGGAGACAAAGAAGAAGCAGGUGUGGGCGACCGAGCAAGAGGAGAAGGAGUACGAGAGUGGAGGAGACGAGAAGACGAAGAAGCGACAGCGAGAAAAAGGGAGGAAGAGAGCAAAGGAGCAGUGA